AUGUACCAAUUGAUUUGGUCCUCGGUUAGUGCAAUAAGUUCUUUGGGUGGGGAUUAUACUAGCUGGUUUGAAUCCCUGUUGCAAUUUGAUACUGCACAAGGUUGUGAGGAAGCGGUGACGGUAUGUUGGGCCAUUUGGAACGCUCGUAAUGCUUUAACAUGGAAAGGUAAGAGUUCUUCAGCAUCGAAGGUUGUAUUGUCCGCUAGAGUCAAUUUUAAUCAAUGGAAAACUGCUCAAUCGAAAAAGAAUGGUCCUUUGUUCAUUCUGACUGGUGCGAAUGAAGGACGGGAGCAGUGGUCUAAACCGGUUUCAAACAAGAUUAAGGUCAAUGUGGACGGUGCUAUUUUUGCUUCAGAGGGCUGGUAUGCUGCUGGUGGGGUGGCCCGUGAUUGUCAUGGUCAUCUUGUUGAAGCUUUUUUUAUUAGUAAACCAGGAUGUUUGGAGGCUACUGAGGUGGAGGCUUUUGGCAUAAAGGAGGCUCUUAGUUGGAUAAAGGGUAAGAAUUGGGAAGUGUAA